AUGGCUUCGUCGCGACCAAACUCGCGCCGCUAUGGCGCCAACAGCAGCGCCGAUACCGAACCUUUCCCUUCAAUGCCCGAAUCCUCCACUGGCGAGCCCAGCUCCUACUCGUCCCCAACAACGACAACGACAACAACAACUACGACUACCUACACAUCUCGUGGCAGACCCUACACAAUUACCACUACACAGCCUGCGACUCAGGCUCCCGUGACGGUCACGUCCUCCUCCGCCGGCGCUCCCUUUCCAGGUCCAAGCACGCGCACGACUGUCACGACGCCUCCUCAGCGAACAGUCGUAUCGACCUCACCUCAGAUCAACCGUCGACCCAUUGGUAUAAGGAGAUUGCCGUCCACAAACCUACGGCAGGAUCUUGGUGAAGCGAAUGGUGGUGCCAGCGGAAAUGUCAGCAGGGCAUCAUCUGGGCGCGGACGCAGCAGCUCAGCACCGCAGCAUCUCCAAGUUAAUGUGCAGGGUCCGAGUCUGACCAGGCAGUCAACGAGACAGUCCCUUCUGCCGACCGUGGAGGAACAUUCCACGGCAAAUGCAACAACAGACAGAGAUAGCAUGAAUGUGGUUGCCGGUACCCCAAAUCGAAGACGCAGCGUCAGUAACGCCGCGCGGUCCGUGAUAAGCAGAUUUAGCGACCAUUCAAGAGAACGACAGGAAACUGAAUACGACUCGGAUGUGGUGGAUCUUCUGGAUGUGCUUGACCCUGAAGUUUCGACCCUUACCUCCCUUACAAACGUCCAAAAUUCCUUGUUCGUUCCAGAUCUGGGCCGAUGGGUCAACAGACGACCGACAUACGACCUUAGCAGUCGGCGGUCGACCGUGAGUCGGCGGCCCCCAACAAUUGAAGAGAAGGCGCCUGUGGCCAUGACCCCCAUCGAGAGCGCCGACACCCGGCCUGAAGGGACUCCCGCAGGCGAAGGAGCAGAAGGUGAAGACGUUUCUAGAACCGGGACAAUGCAGCGGACGUGGUCAUGGCAACGGAGACCCGAGAUUGAUCGGACGCACAGUAUAUCUUCAGUGGUGACCGAUUCCCACUACGCGGUCUUGCCCCAUGGCGUCUCGCUCGACGGCUGGAGCGAAGAGGACAAGGAAGCCUUGGACGACCAUGUACGGCAUAUGCUGCAUUCCAAGAAAUCGAAAUUCAAGUAUGGGAUGAUCGCAUUUGGAAAAUAUGUUCGAAAACCCCUUGGAUUCUUUGUCACGUUGUAUGCGACUCUGAUCACACUGUUUGGUCUGGCUUGGGUAUUGUUCUUGAUUGGAUGGAUUUACGUUGGAGAUCGAAAAUCCUACAUCACCGAUGUCAUCGAUAAUGUGUUGGUCGCUCUUUUCGCCGUCGUUGGUGACGGACUUGCACCUUUCCGAGCGGUUGACACUUACCACAUGUGUUACAUCGCCCACUACCACCACCUCACCUGGCGUUUGAGGAGGGAGAAGCAACUGCCAAAACUUCGUGACCACAAUGAUCUACCGGCCCAACCCGAGAAAGAGGCUGAUCCUGAGUCUGUGAAGCCCGACGAUGCCGAGUUUUCUGUCCUGAGCCCUCAACAACAGCAGCGGUUGAUCCAUCACCAAGCCAAGUUUUCCAAGUCCCACUCCUUCUACAAACCGCAUGAGACGGCGACUCACUUUGCUUUCCCGUUACGACUGCUUGUUGCUAUCGUCGUGCUGCUGGAUUGUCAUUCACUGUUGCAGAUUGCUCUUGGAACAUGCACCUGGGCCAUCAACUACCAUGUUCGACCUCAGGCACUCACAGCGACCAUCCUGUCCUGCUCUAUCACCGUCAACAUCACCGCCGGUAUUCUUAUCAGUAUCGGCGAUCGGAGGACAAGGAAGAAGGAUGUAGCUGAGAAAAUGGCGAGACAGCAACUAACUGCCACGGCCAUCGAGAAGGUCGAAAAGCACAAGAGGGAUAGAGAGGAAAGUCUUCGUGAGGCAGGGUCGCGGGAAAAUUUCGAGGUGAUUGACGAAGAGACAGCCGACCAGGUCAGGUUGAACUCGAAAUGA